CUCUUCUAAAUAUGGUUUAAGGGCAACCCAUAAUUGAUGUGACAUUGGAUGGCAUAGAGACACGCAAGAACACAAGAUUUCAGGAUAAACAAUUGGGAGCUUUGAAGUUACCCGUCUAUUCUGGAGAUGAUGAUAUAUCAGGAGUAAUCGAAGUAAGGAUGAACAAGCAAAAAAAAAUAGAGCAUCUAGGAAUUCGAGUUGAGUUGAUUGGACGCAUAGAAAUUCUCAAUGAUCAAAAAUAAAGUUCGGAUUUCAUGUCAAUGUCUCGAGAAUUAGAACCAUAAGGGUUUUUGUUUGAGGACAAAACAUAUAAAUUUUAAUUUUAGAAGUUUGAGAAACAAUACGAAAGUUAUUAUGGAAACACAGUGAGAUUAAGAUAUUAUUUGAAAGUGUAUAUGGUCAGAAGUUAUGGCAAAGUGUAGAAGGAAGUGGACUUUGCUGUUUUGAUUCCACAACCAGAAUUGGAGGAAUAACCAUAAACUUCAUUGAAGUUGGAAGUUGGUAUUGAAGAGUGUUUGCAUAUUGAUUUUGAGUAUUUUAAGAGCAGAUAUCACUUAAGAGAUGUAGUGACUGGCAAAGUGAAUUUCUAUUUGGUCAAAAUCAAAAUCAAAUACAUGGAAUUGGCAGUGAUCAGAAAAGAACAAUAUGGAUAAGGACCUCAGCAAUAAACAGACAAUGAGACACUAGUCAAAUACGAAUUAAUGGACGGAUGUCCUUAGAAGGGAGAAGUGAUUCCAAUAAGAUUGUAUCUAAGUGGAGUGGAUGUGACGCCAUCGGUCAAAAAUGUUAGUGGUAAAUUCAGUGUCAAAUAUAUUCUGAAUCUGAUUUUGGUUGAUGAAGAUGAUAGGAGAUACUUCAAAUAAUAGGAAAUUACAAUAUACAGAAAGAAGUGAUUAAGUGAUUUAAAUGUAAAUCAUCAUA